GAAUACAUCCAACGAAACAUCUUUUUUGAAGGCGACUAAUUAGAUUCAUAUUCAGUGCAGUGCAGCAUUACUGUAAAGAAUUUGAUAAAGUUUUCCAGAAAAUCUGUUUGGCAGAGGACACCAUGGCGCAAUCUUUACCAAUUCGAUUUCAAGAGCAUUUGCAGCUCACCAACAUAAACAUUAACGCAAGUUCAAUAUCGUUUACGAAUCUUACGAUGGAAUCUGAUAAGUUCAUCUGCGUCCGGGAAAAAGUAGGCGAAACUGCUCAAGUGGUUAUAAUCGACAUGAAUGACGCCCAAAAUCCUAUUCGUAGACCAAUAAGCGCUGAUUCUGCUAUAAUGAAUCCUGCAAGCAAAGUGAUUGCUUUGAAAGCUCAGAAAACCCUUCAAAUUUUCAAUAUUGAGAUGAAAUCUAAAAUGAAGGCGCAUACCAUGACAGAAGAGGUUGUCUUUUGGAAGUGGAUUAAUCUGAACACAUUGUCAUUAGUAACAGAAACUUCAGUGUUUCAUUGGUCUAUGGAAGGAGAUUCUACACCCGUCAAAAUGUUUGAACGACACUCUUCAUUGAACGGGUGCCAGAUCAUAAAUUAUAGAACCGAUCCCAAACAGACUUGGUUGCUUUUAGUUGGUAUAUCGGCUCAGCAAAAUCGAGUAAUCGGAGCAAUGCAACUUUAUUCAGUAGAGAGGAAAGUAUCGCAAGCUAUAGAAGGACAUGCUGCUUCAUUCGCUUCUUUCAAAAUGGAAGAAAACAAAGAGCCAUCAACGUUAUUCUGUUUUGCGGUUCGUUCUGCAGCCACUGCUAAACUUCAUAUCAUUGAAGUUGGGGCUCCUCCAACAGGCAACGCUGCAUUUUCAAAGAAAGCUGUUGAUGUAUUCUUUCCGCCAGAAGCACAGAGCGAUUUUCCAGUGGCUAUGCAAGUUUCUCCUAAAUAUGACGUAAUUUAUUUAAUAACAAAGUAUGGAUACAUACACAUGUAUGAUAUUGAAUCAGGAACAUGUAUCUACAUGAAUCGCAUAUCUGCUGACACAAUUUUCGUUACUGCACAACAUGAGAAUAGUGGUGGGAUCAUCGGUGUCAACCGUAAAGGUCAAGUUUUGUCUGUUACGGUAGACGAGGAACAAAUAAUACCAUAUAUCAAUAACGUUUUGCAAAAUCCGGAUCUUGCAUUACGUAUGGCUGUUCGAAAUAAUUUAGCAGGUGCUGAAGAGUUAUUUGUUCGAAAAUUCAACACAAUGUUUCAAAAUGGUCAAUUUGCUGAGGCAGCAAAAGUAGCAGCGAUCGCUCCGAAAGGAAUUCUUAGAACACCACAGACUAUUCAGAAAUUUCAACAAGUACCUGCCCAACCAGGGAAUAAUUCGCCUCCACUUUUACAGUAUUUUGGCAUUCUCCUUGAUCAAGGCAAGCUGAACAAAUAUGAAUCUUUAGAACUUUGUCGUCCAGUAUUGGCUCAAGGGCGGAAACAGUUGUGCGAAAAAUGGCUCAAAGAAGAAAAAUUGGAGUGUAGUGAAGAGCUCGGCGAUCUUGUAAAGCCCACCGAUCCAACACUAGCAUUGUCGAUUUAUUUAAGAUCAAACGUCCCCAAUAAAGUAAUUCAAUGUUUUGCGGAAACUGGUCAGUUCCAAAAAAUUGUUCUAUAUGCGAAAAAAGUGAAUUAUUCGCCGGAUUACAUUUUCCUAUUGCGUUCUGUUAUGCGUACAAAUCCUGAACAAGGAGCUGGAUUUGCUAGUAUGUUGGUAGCCGACGACGAGCCAUUAGGUGACAUUAAUCAAAUAAUCGACAUAUUCAUGGAACAAAAUAUGGUUCAACAAUGUACUGCUUUCCUGUUAGAUGCCCUUAAGAACAACCGUUCUAGUGAAGGCUCUCUUCAGACGCGAUUACUGGAAAUGAACCUCAUGUCAGCUCCACAGGUUGCUGAUGCUAUUCUCGGAAAUGCAAUGUUCACACACUAUGACAGAGCACAUAUUGCCCAGUUAUGCGAAAAGGCAGGCCUUCUUCAACGCGCUUUGGAGCACUAUACUGAUUUAUAUGACAUAAAAAGGGCAGUUGUUCAUACACAUCUAUUGAAUGGAGAUUGGUUAGUAGGAUUUUUCGGAACACUCUCUGUUGAAGACUCAUUGGAAUGUUUGAAGGCCAUGCUAACAGCAAAUAUUCGUCAAAACAUGCAAAUUUGCGUACAAAUUGCUACUAAGUAUCAUGAGCAACUUACAACGAAGGCUCUCAUCGAUUUGUUUGAAAGCUUCAAAAGCUAUGAAGGAUUGUUCUACUUCCUAGGAUCAAUUGUUAAUUUCAGCCAAGACUCCGAAGUUCAUUUCAAAUACAUUCAGGCUGCUUGCAAAACCAAUCAAAUCAAAGAAGUAGAGCGUAUAUGCCGUGAAUCUAACUGCUACAAUGCUGAGAGAGUUAAAAAUUUUUUGAAGGAAGCCAAACUCACCGAUCAGCUUCCUUUGAUCAUUGUGUGCGAUAGAUUCGAUUUUGUACAUGAUUUGGUUCUCUAUUUAUACAGGAAUAGUUUACAAAAAUACAUUGAAAUUUAUGUUCAAAAGGUUAAUCCGUCAAGAUUGCCAGUUGUAAUCGGUGGUCUAUUGGACGUGGACUGUUCGGAAGAUAUAAUCAAAAAUUUGAUUUUAGUUGUCAAAGGACAAUUUUCUACCGAUGAACUAGUCGAAGAAGUUGAGAAACGAAAUCGCCUCAAGCUUCUAUUGCCUUGGCUUGAAUCUCGUGUUCAUGAAGGAUGUGUCGAACCAGCUACUCAUAAUGCUCUUGCAAAAAUAUAUAUAGAUUCAAACAAUAAUCCAGAACGUUUUCUCAAAGAAAACCAGUUUUACGACAGUAGAGUUGUAGGGCGCUACUGCGAGAAACGCGAUCCUCAUCUUGCAUGCGUAGCUUAUGAACGAGGCCACUGUGACAAAGAAUUGAUAUCAGUCUGUAAUGAAAAUUCAUUAUUCAAAUCGGAAGCUCGAUAUCUCGUCCGCCGCCGUGAUCCUGAAUUAUGGACAGAUGUAUUAUCUGAAGCAAAUCCUUAUAAACGACAACUUAUUGAUCAAGUGGUGCAAACAGCACUCUCUGAAACUCAAGAUCCGGAUGAUAUCUCAGUAACAGUAAAAGCUUUUAUGACUGCUGAUUUGCCGAAUGAAUUGAUAGAAUUACUGGAAAAAAUCGUAUUGGAUUCUUCAAUUUUCUCAGAUCAUCGGAAUUUACAGAACCUUUUGAUCCUUACUGCUAUAAAAGCUGACCGCAGUAGAGUUAUGGAUUAUAUUAAUCGGUUGGAUAAUUAUGACGCACCCGAUAUAGCCAACAUCGCUAUCAAUAACGAACUUUACGAAGAAGCUUUUGCUAUAUUCAAAAAAUUUGAUGUUAAUACUUCAGCCAUACAAGUAUUAAUAGAACAAGUUCAAAAUCUUGAACGAGCGAAUGAAUUUGCUGAAAGAUGCAACGAAUCUGCGGUAUGGUCGCAAUUAGCUCGUGCUCAACUCCAGCAAGGAUUUGUUAAAGAGGCUAUUGACAGUUACAUUAAAGCAGAUGACCCUAGCUCGUAUAUGGAUGUAGUUGAAACAGCUAGUAAAAAUAAUUCUUGGGAGGAUUUGGUUCGUUAUCUGCAAAUGGCUCGUAAGAAAACUCGCGAAAGCUAUAUAGAAAGUGAACUUAUUUAUGCAUACGCUCGUACUGGUCGUUUAGCAGACUUAGAAGAAUUUGUUUCUGGACCGAAUCAUGCUGAUAUUCAAAAAAUUGGAGACCGUUGUUUUAAUGAUAAAAUGUUUGAAGCAGCUAAACUUCUUUAUAAUAACGUCAGUAAUUUUGCACGUCUUGCCAUCACACUUGUACAUCUACAAGAAUUCCAGGGAGCAGUAGAUGGCGCCCGCAAGGCUAAUUCAACUCGAACGUGGAAAGAAGUUUGUUUCGCUUGUGUAGAUGCAGGAGAAUUUAGGCUUGCUCAAAUGUGUGGCCUUCAUAUAGUGGUGCACGCUGAUGAAUUAGAAGAUUUGAUCACUUAUUAUCAAGAACGAGGCCACUUCGAGGAAUUAAUCGGUCUACUAGAGGCUGCACUUGGAUUAGAACGUGCGCAUAUGGGAAUGUUUACAGAGUUAGCUAUAUUAUAUUCAAAGUAUAAACCUAUCAAAAUGAGAGAGCAUUUAGAGCUCUUCUGGUCACGUGUCAACAUUCCAAAAGUGCUGCGAGCUGCAGAACAAGCGCAUUUGUGGUCUGAACUCGUAUUUCUUUUCGAUAAGUAUGAAGAAUAUGACAAUGCAGUUUUGGCGAUGAUAGCCCAUCCAACAGAAGCAUGGCGUGAAGGUCAUUUUAAGGACAUCAUUACCAAAGUAGCUAACAUUGAAUUGUAUUACAAAGCUAUACAGUUUUAUCUAGAAUACAAGCCUCUUUUGCUAAAUGAUAUGCUAUUGGUGCUUGCCCCUCGAAUGGAUCAUACCCGAGCUGUUAGUUUUUUCACUAAACAAGGUCAUCUUCAAUUAGUCAAAACUUAUCUGCGGUCUGUGCAAAGCUUGAAUAACAAAGCGAUAAACGAAGCAUUAAAUGGACUACUGAUUAAUGAGGAAGAUUACCAAGGACUAAGAACAUCAAUAGAUGCCUUUGAUAAUUUCGAUAAUAUUGCGUUAGCUCAAAAACUUGAAAAACAUGAACUUACUGAGUUCAGAAGGAUCGCUGCCUAUUUAUACAAAGGAAACAAUCGUUGGAAACAAAGUGUUGAAUUAUGCAAAAAAGACCGACUUUUCAAAGAUGCAAUGGAAUAUGCAGCAGAAUCACAUCAAUGCGAAUUAGCAGAAGAGCUUAUCGAAUGGUUUUUGGAACGAGAAGCUUAUGAUUGCUUUUCAGCUUGCUUAUUUCAAUGCUACGAUUUGUUACGACCAGAUAUAAUCCUGGAACUAGCCUGGCGUCAUAACAUAACAGAUUUCGCAAUGCCAUAUUUGAUACAGGUAAUCCGCGAAUAUACUUUCAAAGUUGAUAAACUAGAACUUGCUGAUGCCGAACGACUUAAAGAUGGUGAAAGUUCUGAACAUAAAUCUAUAAUUCUACCUGAACCACAAUUGAUGCUGACUGCUGGACCUGGUAUUGGUUUAACUCAAUACAAUCCUCAAUUCACUGGAGCCUAUGUUACAACCCAACAACAAUUUCCAGGAUACAGCGGCUUAUAAACAGAUUCAUGCGCAUUCAACGUAUUCGCAAAUGUAUAAUGCUCUGCAUGAAGUCGAGACAUACUAACAUGAUUUGUAACGGAAAAACCGCAACGGAAAAGAGGCAAAACGACCCACUAAACUGUUAUACCGUAUAAAAGUAUGCCGACUACAUCGAGAGACAUUGGACAGGUCUUACUUUGAGAUGACGAGGAAAGCGGACCGGAUAUGUACGGGAUCAGGGAGAGAUGAGAUAGUAGGAGAGAGAGAUUGGAAAAGGAGAAGGAUUGUGGGGGAUCUGGGCAGCCUCUUGGAAGCGACUGGGCCACUUUUGUUCGGGACUAGAAGAGACGCAACACCUAUAAUGUCUCUGGUGAAUUCGCGAAACCGCGUGUAAAAAGUUUUCUCAACAUCAAAUAGUGAAAACGUAGAAUUUAGACCCCGAUACAAAUGGUCUUUCACCAAUAGUCCGUAAAAGUGAAAUUAUAUAAAGAAUCGCGUCGGAAUAGUUGCUCCGUGAAGAAGUGUACCACCUUAAGUCAAUACAAGGUGACUUCGAGGGAUUUGCCGCAUGUUACAAUUUAUGACGGCCAACAUCCUACAUAUCUCGCGUGACACUGCAACAUCCAUACGUUGGACGCUAGUGCGAUUAUCAAUCCGCAUCCAACAUCAGGCGCAACAUAAACGACGGCGCUCUACAUCGACGUCGGCGCCCCGAUUGUACCACACCGGAAGCAGCGGACCUGGAUUUUGGUAUUCGUCCGAAUCAACGUAAGUCGAAUCAAUUCCUCUCUCUCUCCCAACCUUCCCCAAUGGCUGUUAAUCAAUGGGCCCCAACGAGAAACCGAUCGGUAGCACGUGAUAUGUUACAAUAAAGAAAGGUAGCAUGAUUAAA